AUGCUCGACCUCAACCCCGUGCAAAUGCUCCACCUCGUCACAAUGCUCGACCUCAACCCCGUGCAAAUGCUCCACCUCGUCACAAUGCUCGACCUCAACCCCGUGCAAAUGCUCCACCUCGCAAGCGUCAGGCGGUUUGUGGCGAGCGUAUCGGCUGUGGCCUUUCCCGGUCAAGGCGCUCAGUAUGUGGGGAUGGGUGCGUCGCUGGUGGCCAGGUCGGAGGCAGCAGCUCGGGUCCAUGCCGAGGCUGACGAGGCGCUGCCCGGCUUGAGCAGUAUCGUUCAGGAUGGCCCGGCGUCACGGCUGAACGAGACCCGGUGGACGCAGCCUGCUAUUCUUGCCCACUCGAUCGCAGUAUGGAAGUCUGUCCUUGCUGAUGAUGCCCUGCCGGAGCGCCCCGACUAUGUCCUGGGCCACUCGCUGGGCGAGUUCUCGGCCCUGGUGGCAGCUGGCGCCCUACCCUUUGCCGACGCGCUCUCCAUCGUCCAUCGUCGCGGAGAGGCCAUGCAGGACGCUGUUCCGCGCGGACAGGGCAUGAUGGCGGCGCUGAUGCCCAUGUCGCAUGCGCGUGCACAGGAUCUGCUGGAUGCCUGGGCAGAUGCCGAGUUUGAGGAUCCGCACUCGGCGGCACGGGUGGUCUCCAUUGCCAACGUCAACUCGCCAUCACAGGUCGUCAUCUCGGGCAAGGCCCAGGCUGUCCAGGAUGUCAUUGAUCUGGCCAAGUCUUCGUUUGGCGUUCGCCGCGCCACAAAACUUCCGGUCUCCGCGCCCUUUCACUGCGAGCUGAUGGCCCCGGCCGCCACCGCCGUCCGUGCCAUGCUUGAGGCUCUGCCUGGCGGCCUCUGCGCUCCGGCCAUGCCCAUCGUCUCCAACAUCGACGCCCACCCUCGAGCCGCCGGUGGCUCAGAGCUGGUCGACGCUCUUGUGGCGCAGACCACGUCGUCAGUCCUCUGGUAUCCCUCGCUCGAGUGGCUCGUCGAUCCGGCCGGUGGCAACGUCGACACCUUUGUCCUCAUCGGCCCGGGCACCGCCACCCUUGCCUCGUUCUUGCGGCCGCUGAUGGCCGCCCGAACCGCAGCCGGCGGGCCCGAGCUCCGCGUCCUCGAAUUCGAGUAA